AUGUCCACGAGUCGUGUUAUCAAUGUCGCUGUCAUCGGUGCGGGGGAGAUCGCAAUGUGCACACAUCUACCUACCCUCGGCUUCCUUUCGCACAUGUACGAGGUCACGGCAAUAGUGGAUAUUUCGAAGCAAGCCGUGAAGCACUGUGCACGAAAGUUCAACAUUCCGCGCACCUUCACAGACGUGCCGGAAAUGCUGGCGGCGUGCUCCGACGUGGAUAUGGUAUUGAUCUGUCAUUCCGACGAGUUCCACAGCGUACACGCAGUACAAUGUCUGAAAGCCGGCAAGCAUGUCUUUAUUGAAAAGCCAAUGGCUCAGACCUUGCGAGAGGCGGACGAUAUCGAGGCCGCACGCCUCGCUUCCGGCAAGUUGGUCUUUGUCGGCUACAUGAGACGAUAUGCCACCGCGUUCUUGAGGUUUAAGGAGACCGUGGGCAAACUGGAUCCAACCCAGAUCAACUAUGUCCGGUUCCGCAACUUUACAUCGAGGGUCAAGGACGGAAUUAUCUCACAGAGCGGCACCUACUCACAACGUUUCUCGGAUAUCCCUGAGGAGGCUUCGGCUAAGAGGCGUCAAGUCGCCACGAGCCAAUUCGAGGAGUACACGGGCCUCGACUACAAAUCGCCGGUCGCGCAGUACAUUCGGGCUUGCAAGUUCCACAUCUCCCCGCACGACCUAAGCCUCAUGCGGGAGCUGUUUGGUCUUCCUCGCCAUGUCAUUGCAGCCGUGCCAAGUGCUCGAGGGAACUUUUUGUCCAUUAUGCUGCAGUACGACGGCUUUGUUCUUGCGUAUGAGUCUGGCGAGGAUGCGGUCUUGUCUGUGGACGCGACCGUCGAGGUCCUGGCUCAGUACCAGCGACUCAAGCUCGCCUUUGACUCGCCGUAUAUCAAAGGUUUGCCAAUCACCAUGACUACGCUCUCCAGGCAUCCCAACGGGGACUUUACUGAAGAGACGAUCCGGCCGACAUACGAAGACUACUACACAUUAAUGUUCAAAGAGCUGCAUCGCUGCCUGAGCGGCGACGCAGAAAUCAAGACUACCGUGCUGGACUCUCGAGAGGAAAUUGGCAUGCUGAGCAACAUUCUGAAAGUCUUAGCAGAAGGAUUCGAAAAGAGCCAGUAG